AUGGCACUGUUACCUGGUGGAGAGCCUAAUGCCCAGCUGUUCCGCCCGUUACUAACGGGAUCCCUCACGUGGGAAGCUUGUUUAUACUGGCAAACGCCCUGUGGCUCUUGUCUGACCAGUGUCCAGUUUAUGCCUGCCCUGGGCUCUUGUCUGAUUAGUGUCCAGUUGCUCUGGUACCGGAAGCCUAACCUUCUGUUCUCCCCGGUGUCCAGGGAAAACCCCAGCCUCGGGCAGCCCCGAGUGCUUUCUUCAGAUGGAAGAAACAACUCCACAGCUUCCAGCAGCUCCUCUUCAUCCAAAUCCUGCCUGCACAUCACCACGUGGCUCUGUCAGAAAAUGUGUCUGUCAGUGGAAGUUUAUACACAGCCACAUUUUCCCAUUAAUUUUCAUUUUCUUUUUUUCUUUCUUUCUUCCUUUCUUUUUUUUUUUUUUUUUUUCUUUUUGAGAGCAGUUGCUCUAUCGGCCAGGCUGGAGUGCAGUGACAUGAUCUCGCCUCACUGUAGCCUCCACCUCCUGGGCUCAAGUGAUUCUCCUUUCAGCCUCUCCAGUAACUGGGAUUACAGGCACCUGCCACCACACCCGCUCUUUCCUCCUCCGAUUCAGCAGACAGCCGCCGCAUCUUCUCUCACAUCGCCAGCCACAUCCCUGAGACACCAUGGUGAAGGCGAAGGUCAGAGUCAGUGGAUUUGGUCGUAUUGGGCGCCUGGUCAGCAGGGCUAUUUUAACUCUGGUAAAGUGGAUAUUAUCACCAUCAGUGACCCCUUCAUUGAUCUCAAGUACAUGGUCUACAUAUUCCAGUAUGAUUCCACCCAUGGCAAAUUCCAUGGCACCAUCAAGGCUGAGAACGGGAAGCUUGUCAUCAAUGGAAAUCCCAUCACCAUCUUCCAGGAGCGAGAUCCCUCCAAAAUCAAAUGGGGCACUGCUGGUGCUGAGUACAUCGUGGAGCCCACCAGCACCUUUACCACCAUGGAGAAGACUGGGGCUCACUUGCAGGGAGGAGCCAAAAGGGUCAUCAUCUCUGCCCCCUCUGCUGAUGCCUCCAUGUUCAUAAUGGGCGUGAACAAUAAGAAGUAUGACAACAGCCUCAAGAUCAUCAGCAAUGCCUCCUGUACCACCAACUGCUUAGCGCCCCGGGCCAAGGUCCUCCAUGACAACUUUGGUAUCGUGGAAGGACUCAUGACCACAGUCCACGCCAUCACCGCCACCCAGAAGACUGUGGAUGGCCCCUCCAGGAAACUGUGGCAUGACGGUGGUGGGACUCUCCAGAACAUCAUCCCUGCCUCUACUGGCACUGCCAAGGCUGUGGGCAAGGUCAUCCCUGAGCUGAACGGGAAGCUCACUGGCAUGGCCUUCUGUGUCCCCACUGCCAAUGUGUCAGUCGUGGACCUGACCUACCAUCUGGAAAAACCUACCAAAUAUGAUGGCAUCAAGAAGGUGGUGAAGGAGGCAUCAGAGGGCUCCCUCUAGGGCAUCCUGGGCUACAACACCGAGCCCCAGGUUGUCUCCUUCGACUUCAACAGCGACACCCAUUCUUCCACCUUUAUUGUUGGGGCUGGCAUUGCCCUCAACAACCACUGUGCCAAGCUCAUUUCCUGGUAUGAGAAUGAAUUUGGCUACAGCAACAGGGUGGUGGACGUCAUGGCCCACAAGUCCUCUAAGGAGUAAGACCCCUGAACCACCAGCCCCAGUGACAGCACAAGAGGAAAAGAGAGGCCCUCAUUGCUGGGGAGUCCCUGCCACACUCAAUCCCCUGCCACAAUGAGAAUCUCCCCUCCUCACAGUUUCCAUGCAGACCCCCUGAAGAGGGAGGGGCCUAGGGAGCCCCACCUUGUCUUGUACCAUCAACAAAGUCGCCUGUGCUCAGCCAAAAAAAUAAAUACAUAAAAUUUUUUUCUAUAAAGUUUCUAUGGAUUAAUGAUCAAUUCUUAAAUAUUCUAGUUUUGACUGGAAUUUGGAAUAAUAUUUUAUUAUUAUUCCUAGUUUGUAUUGUCAGUGUAGAAGAUAUUAAGAUUUCUUAAGUUGUUCUUAUCUAAAAAUUUUGUUCAAUUCUCUUACUAGUUCUAAUAGUUGGAAGCUUUUUUGGACAGAUGAUUAUAUUAUCUGCAAAUAAUAACAGUUUUAUCUCCUUUCAAGUCUUACCUGUCCUACUUAUUCUUUUUUCCUUAUAGAAUUGGUCACAAGCUUACAUACAAAUAUUAAUUAAUAGGAGUGAUGAUGGGCAUCUUUACAUCAUUUACAAUUUCAGAGAAAAUAUUAAAAAUGCCCCUAAUCUGUGUAACGUUUAACAUCACUUUUAGAGUAGACAACUUUAACAAGUUGAAGAAGUUCCUUUCUAUUUCCAGUUAACAAGUUUUAUUAUACAUAUGUGUUGAAUUGAUCAAGAAGUUUUUCUGCAUCAAUUCAGAUAAUACUGCAUUUUACACUCUACUUAGCUGAUAUAAUAAAUUCUGUUGAUAUAUUU